GAUAAAUCUCGGAUUUCGAGUACGAUGGGAACGUAAUCAUGUAGGUUAUACCGAAUGAAAAAUUGUAUUGGUUUUUAAUAUGAUUGUUAAAGAUAAUAUAGAACGAUUUAUGCCAUUACUUACCGAUCUUCUCGGAAUAAGAAGUACUGAUGAUGAAAAGAAUAGUAAAAACAAGUUGCCGGCACUGUGUUCUUGUCCAAAAUGUUUAGAUUUUUAAUUGAAUAUAUUCAUAAAUGUAAAGUAAGAAUGCAUAACUAAGCCACGGUGUAAUUAUUGAAUCUUGUUGUUUCAAGAUGUUUUAUAUUAAGCCACCCAAAGGUCAGAUAGAUUUACAUACACUGGAAAGUUGUGUAUUUUCAAGGUUAGAAUACUUAAACCUUUUAUACCAUGGUAAUAGCAAUAAAUUUAGCGGCAAUUUGGAAUAUAUGAUUGAAAACUCUAUUUACGAUAGUGUUGGUCAUUUUACGCUCAGACUGUUAGUUGUAAAUUCUAUCGAUCUAUGGUCCUACUGGAUUGGAAGAGAGACAUUACUGUUUAAACACAGAUUACAAUGUAUUUCUCCAAGGCAUUUGCAUCGAUUACUUUCAAAUAUAUUAAAACAUGUAAACGAGCGGGAAAGGAAAACAAACCUUGUAGAUAUAAGCUUAAGUCAAGUAAGCACGUUUUUUCUGCAAAGAGAAAUUUUCAAACACAUUGUUGCAAAUGAUCACCCCCUCAAGUGUGAAGCAUUUUAUUGUAAAUUAAGAUUUGAAGUUGUACCGGAUUUAAUUCGUUGCCGAGCCAUAAUUCUAAAAGGUGGAUAUGGAUUUAUCUUUUGCUCGCAAUGGAAGCAAGUACUUUGUUCCCUAUUUGAAACUCGUCUACAUCAGGAACAAUCGAGAGUAAUAGGUCUUAAUUUGGCAGACAAAAUAUCGAGGCAUCCUCACAUGAGUGUACUGAACCAAAGAUUAAGAAAUCUCAUCCUGAAAGUGGUUCCAAAUCUCUCGAAAAUCACAAUAAAUAAUAUUGAUAACGAAGCAAACAAGUUUCCACCCUGCAUGCGACAUCUGCACAAGACUCUCAGAGAUCGACACAGGCUUAGUCACUAUGCUCGCCUUUAUUAUUCUCUUUUUUUGAAAGAGUGUGGUAUGAAUUUGGAUCAUGCCAUAGCAUAUUGGAAACAAGAAUACUCAAAGCCGCAUGCUUGUACGUCCACUUGCGAGCAUAACUGGCAAUCGGGAGAGCGAAAAUUUUUGUACAGCAUUAGGCACAUUUAUGGUUUGGAAGGUUCUCGGAGGAAUUACAAAUCACCCACUUGUGAAUACCUUUGCAAGGAAACCGUAGGACCACGAUAUGAGGGUGGUUGUCCAUUCCGAUGUUUUGAAGCUACUGCAUUGAAAAAAAUACUUUCAGAAAUGAUAAAUGGGAAGAGCUUAGAGGAAUUUUUAAAGACUGCACCUGUACAAAAUCCAGAAGCAGCAUGCUCUUUGUUUCUUAAACUAGCCAAAGGGAGGAGCGACGACAGAACUGCUAUAACUAAUCCUAUACAAUAUUACUCGGCAAUGAUCAACUGAAAUUAAUCAUUCUAUAUACUACUUUUAUGUACC